CUCUCCUGCGGCAGUUACCAUCUAAGUGUUACCGGGGAGCGCCGGAACACGGACAGGGGGCAAAAAAAGGUCUCAUAAGAACAGGGACAAGGCGGCCGUAAAGUCAGAGCUAAAGGAAGAGCCGAACCCGCCGCCAGCAUGCCUCAGAACGACUACAUCGAAUUACAUCGCAAACGCUAUGGCUAUCGCCUGGAUUACCAUGAAAAGAAGAGGAAGAAGGAGAGCCGUGAGGCUCAUGAACGCUCACAGAAGGCCAAGAAGCUUAUUGGUCUCAAAGCUAAGCUGUACCACAAGCAGCGACAUGCUGAGAAAAUACAGAUGAAAAAAACUAUAAAGAUGCAUGAAAAACGAAACACAAAGCAGAAGAAUGAUGAAAAGACACCAGAAGGCGCUGUACCAGCAUAUCUGUUGGACAGAGAGGGUCAGACUCGCGCCAAAGUUCUAUCCAAUAUGAUAAAGCAAAAGAGGAAAGAGAAAGCUGGUAAAUGGGAAGUGCCACUGCCUAAAGUGCGUGCUCAAGGAGAGACAGAAGUGCUGAAAGUAAUCCGCACUGGCAAGAGAAAGAAGAAGGCCUGGAAAAGAAUGGUCACCAAAGUGUGCUUUGUAGGCGAUGGCUUUACCCGAAAGCCUCCCAAGUAUGAAAGAUUCAUCAGACCUAUGGGCUUACGUUUUAAGAAAGCACACGUGACACAUCCUGAACUUAAAGCCACAUUCUGCCUUCCUAUUCUUGGUGUAAAGAAGAACCCCUCCUCUCCACUAUAUACAACAUUAGGUGUCAUUACUAAAGGGACAGUUAUAGAGGUGAACGUAAGCGAGCUCGGUCUUGUCACACAAGGAGGCAAAGUCGUUUGGGGAAAAUAUGCACAAGUCACAAAUAAUCCAGAAAAUGAUGGGUGUAUAAAUGCAGUUCUGCUAGUAUAACACUGAUUAUUUUUUUUCUGCAAAAUUGUCAAAUAAAAUGGAUUUCCCAAUAAAA